AUGAGCUUGGCUCUGGAUGAAUUCUUUCGUCGGAAAGCUGUCAGAAACCUUUCUACUGAGAAUGGCCUCAACAACAAGUUAUUUGUCACGGCUUAUAGGUCAUUCCGCGAAUACUGCCUUUGCGAAAAAGGAGGAGUCGAGCCAGCUUUGUUGGUGCUCUUUCAAGACAUAAUCAGAGGAAGUACCGAUGUCGAGAGUCUUUUCCCAUUUUUCCUUGCUCAUGCACGUAAAAGAUGGAGAAUUACGAGGAUGAUUUUGAUUCUAACUCAACCUCACAACUGGUACCCUGACGCUCGUACUGUCCAGCGAAAGAUAAUUUUCCACGCUGGGCCGACCAAUUCAGGGAAGACUUAUCAUGCAUUGAAACGGUUUGGGGAAGCCAAGAGUGGGGUGUAUUGCGGACCUCUCAAGCUCUUGGCUUCAGAAGUAUUUACAAGAAGUAAUGAACUGGGUAUCAAGUGCGAUUUGGUGACCGGUGAGGAACGAAGAUAUGCCAUUGACAAUUUCCACCCAAGUGCACACCUCUCUUCCACCGUUGAGAUGUUGUCUACACAGAUGAGAGUGGAGGUAGCUGUCAUAGAUGAGAUCCAAAUGCUACGAGACGAGCAGCGCGGAUGGGCAUGGACACGAGCAUUACUUGUGUUGCGGCGACGAGGUGCGUAUUGUGUGCUUCAGGUGCAUCUUUGUGGUGAAGCAGCUGCUGUUAAUAUAGUAAAAAAGCUUCUAGAGCCGAUUGGAGAGCACGUUGAGGUGCGGUACUACGAGCGAAAGACGUCGUUAACGAUAGCGAAUCAAGGACUGGGAUCGCUGGAUAACGUUCAACCUGGUGACUGUAUCGUUUGCUUUAGCCGUAAGGCAAUCUACAGCAUCACUAAAAGCCUUGAAAAAUUGGGAGUGAAGCCUGCUGUCAUUUAUGGGGAUCUACCGCCUGGCACAAAACUUGCUCAAGCUGCAAAGUUCAACGACCCUAAUGAUCCUUGCAAUGUUUUGGUAUGUGUAGUGGU